ACCUUCACCAUGGUCGACGCCUUCUGUGCAACUUGGAAACUGGUUGACAGUGAGAAUUUUGAUGAGUACAUGAAAGCACUUGGUGUGGGCUUUGCCACCAGGCAGGUUGGUAAUGUGACCAAGCCGACUGUAAUCAUCAGCCAGGAGGGUGACAAGGUGGUGGUUCGCACCCAGAGCACCUUCAAAAACACAGAGAUUUCCUUCAAGCUGGGAGAGGAGUUCGACGAAACCACCGCUGAUGACAGGGUCUGCAAAUCCACAGUGACUAUGGAGGGAGACAAGUUGGUCCACGUCCAGAAGUGGGACGGCAAAGAGACCAAGUUCGUCAGAGAAAUCAAGGAUGGCAAGAUGUACAUGAAUUUGACCUUUGAAGACGUCCAUGCGGUGCGUAGCUAUGAGAAGGCAUGAGUGCUCCAACUGACAACAUCAGAAACCGGCCAAGAAGUGUUGAUUUUCUAAUAAUUAUUGACUGUAUGCUUCUCUUUGCACUUCAUCCUCAGCAUGUACACAGCCUGCAGGCUGCACAUGUUUUGUAAGAUUUUGUUUUUUUUUUAUAUGAAAACAUUUCUGUCUUGUUGGAUGGAUCAUCUUUGCAACCCUGUGUGAAACAUGAAAUAAAAAACACAGAGACUAAA